GUGGAAAAAGCGAAGGUGGAAAAAGCGAAGGUGGAAAAAGCGAAGAUGGACGUGGGUUCGGGAUCUUCGACGAGGAGCCGAAAUUAUGGUUGGAGAUUGCGUUUUGUAGCUUACCGGCGAAUAUAACGCAAGCUUGGACUGACAAAAACUCAGGUCAACGAUUUUAUAGCUGUCCGCGUUUUAGGCUUGGAGAUGAAUGCAAUUACUUCUCUUGGUUUGAUGAAGAGGAAGGUACGAAAUGGCAAAGAAGAGCUUUGAUUGAAGCCCGAGAUGAGAUCAGGCAGAAGACCAGAGUGAUUGAGCAAUUAAUUAAAAGCAUCUCAGAAAUGAAAAGGAAUUUGGAGAACAAAGAGAUAGUGGAUGACGAUAAUGACGAUGGGGUUGUUAGAAAGUUUGAAGAAUUCUAUGUUUAA